AAUUGUCUGGGCUUCAUUCUGACUAGGGGGAUCGUCAUUCUGAGGUCUAGUUCGUCGGGAAUCGCUGCUGGACAGAAGGUGUACGAAUCUGUUUUUGGGUAUCUCUCAACCUCUCUUUGUCUUGCUCUUGUUCUUGUUAUCCACCAUGUUGGUGAGAGCUAUUGUGGUUGAUUGUUGAUCCAAGAAGGGUGUUCUUGAGGUGUUUGUAAUCCUCUAGCUAGUCUAGAGAGGACUUGUAAUCCCACCAAAGUCUAGUGGAGUUGUGGCUUGGACAAAGGUCCCGUGGUU